AUGGCAGAGCGAGCCUCGCUGUCGGCCCCGUCGACUGCCGCGCUGGCGAGCGCAGCAUCGAACCCGGUCGCGGCGCCGAGCACGAGCAGGCGGGACAAUGGGACGAGCUCGGCAGCACGACAUGCGCCGCUCGCCGGCCUCGAGAUGCAGCUCGGGACGGUCAGGGUGGCGGUGAGCGCGGUCCAGACGGGCGCACUGGGCGAGUUGACGCUCGAGGCGCACGCGUCGCUCGCCACGGGCCGAGUACUCGCCGCCGCGACCAAGUCGACGUCGGCAGCCGUGCGCUCGACCGACCGACCGAGGACCGAGUCGUCGAGGACGACCACCGCGACGACCAACUCGACCCGCAUCAUCACCGCCCCGUCCUCGACCUCGCCGUCAACCGCAACCGGCUCCGCUGCCGCCUCUCCGCCCUCCUCGUCGACCGUCGACUCGCCCCCGACGCUCGCGUCGUCGAACGACACCUCAUCGACAAGUGCCCGUCGCCCGACCUCGACCGGCCACGGCGCAGCCUCGUCCUCCACGACCCUCACCCUCUCGCACUCUCGCCCACUCUCCUUCAUGCCGUCCUCUACGUCCCCCUCCACGCCCACAUCUGCUUCCGCCACGCCAGACCGUCCCGACUCGACCGCAUCCACCUCCCCGCCGCACAAGCCCGCGCCGAGCUCGACCGAGCGGUCGACGUCCGCGGCCGGCUCGGCGGCCUCGCCGUCUCGUGAGCGUUCGUCGGCCAAGACGCCCACGUCGACGACUCGAGUGCCGACGAGUCGCCGCCCCUCGGCGAGUCGCUCGAGCGCGACCCGCAGCGUCGUCGAGGCGGGCGACUCGAGUCGGUCGCCGUCGUCCUCCGCCGGCGGUGCCGCCGCCGGACCGGCCUCUUCGGCCAAGCCCUCGCCGACGCGGUACGGCUCGGCGCCGACAAAGGGCUGCGUCGCGCCGCCCUCGACGUUCGAGGGCACCGACGCCGGCUUUGCCCAGCUGUGUAGCGUCCGGUACUGCGACGCCGCGCCGAGGCGCAACAUGGCCUGGAGCGGCAACGCGGGCAACGUGACGCGGCUCGAGAUCGAGACGGCGCUCGGCAUGCUCAGGGAGCUCGAGCCGCUGUGGGAGAACGGGCAGGGCAACGUCCUGUCGGAUGGGUGGCUCGGGCAGGGCAUGCACGACGCCGGCUUGCUCUUCGAGGUGACGGGCGACCGACGAGCGCUCGACGUCAUGGUCCAGAUUGCCGACAACAUCCUCGCUCUGCAGAACGCCAACACGCCCAACCCUGUCACGAUCUGGACUGGCUCAAAGGACAGCGUCUGGCCGACCGGCAACCUGUACCCUGCCGACGGCAAGCUCGUCUACGCCGGCUGCGAGCAAGGCGCCAUCGUCGGCAACAUGGUCGCGGCGGCCGUGUACAUCCUUAAGACGCCGUGCCUGUGGGCCAUGGUGCCGCCCGUCUUUGCCGGUCCGACCAUCUUCAAGCCCUCGACGACCUACUACGAGCGCGCAAAGGCCUACGUCGCUGCAGGAGACGACACCUACGAGAGCUUCUUCUGGCGCUUCUCCGACUCGAACCUCAACCUCAUCAACCCUGCAGACGAGCGUUGGUGGUCGACAGGCGACACUCGAGCUCCCGGGUCGCCGAUGCCGUGGAACCGUGGCAUGAUGAUGAUGCACGGCUACCUCCGCCUCGCCGCCGCCCACGAGACCGACGCCGCCUUCGACGCCAACUUGACCGCUUACUACGACGCCAUCUCGCGCUCCCAUAUCUCGAACUUUGUCAAGGACCUCAACCAGACCAAGGCGAUCCGCAACGGCGUCACGACCUUCGAGUGGGACUACAGCUUUGGCGAGGACCACACCGAGGAGAGCCAGGGCGUGCAUGCUUACUACGACAUCUGGGGCUCGUGGAUCGGCUGGCAGCGCAACUCGGCCGUGUUCGGCCUGUCCAACUUCAUCGGGACGACCUUUGCGCAGACGUUUCAGUCGACCAUCUCGUUCGGGAACGGGUCGUUCUCGGGCCUCGUCACGGGCUCGUCGUCGACCAAGGCCUACACGAUCAACCGGCUCUACGGCGGCUGGUCCUUCUACGCGCUCUGGCUUCCUGAGUGGUUCGACACGAUCGCGACGGCCAACGUCGAGGCGGGCUUCAGCGGCAGGACUUGGCUCGCGAUUCCUCUCUUAUGGACCAAGCACGCGCUCGCCGUCAACGACGUUACCUUCUGGUCGGGCCGCUUCUCGUCGGGCUUUGGCGCCAUCGUCGGCACCGAGGCGAACGCCGCGUCCUCGUCGUCGGGAACGGGAGCGUCGUACAGCGCCGCGGUCGCGUCGCAGCCAAGCCUGGCGGCGUUGGCGCUCGUCGUCGCUGUGGUCCUUGCCCUCGAGGCCGUCUCUCCUUGGGCGUGAGCGCUCUCUCGUCGCGCCCCAUCUUCCCCUGUACCACUCUCGCUCUCGUUCCUCUCCCUUUGCCCUUCCUGUCGCAUCCGUAGACCCACCUCGCAUUUGCAACUCUGACUCGUCGCC